CCUUCUCGUCACUCGCUCGAAUGCAUUCUACUCUCCAAGCGGAACUACGGUUCUCGCAGAUCAUUUGUUCCAGUUGUCGACAUUGCGCUCGGCAACAAUCGCAGAACGCCCGCCGCUCCUUUUGUACAGCGCCUCGCCUUCGGUCCGCUCAGAAACCGUCGAAUAGUAUUGGCUCACUCAGUAGCCGCGGGAUCAGUGAUGAUUCCCAGAGCCAUGGAGCUGCGCGGGUGGAGAUAGCAAGAGAUAGUGAUCAUGGUGGAGAGGAGUCGACACCGGCCCAUCAACAUCGCCCGGGUCCUCACGAAAGCUCCGCGAUUCAGACUGCAGACGAUGCUCGAGCGAAAGACUUCUACGGCUCGCCCGCGAAAAGACGGCUGCGGAAUCGCAUGAACAAGGAUGCCGACACCGAAUAUCAAGCUCCAGAAUGGUUCAUGGACAGCAAUGUGGCCCUUUUCGGGUCGGGCUUCCUUGCUCCUGGUACUCCAUCGAGAAUUAAAACGGUGGCUGCAGAUCUGCUCACCGGCGAGCCUCUCGAACAAAACUCCUCCCCCGACUCUGGCGGUGCUCCUUCGCAUGGUUCGGACGGUAAAGGAGACGAUCCUAAAUCAAUCCACGAAUCGCUUGGGAAAUCAACCUUGACAGAGGACAAAUUACAGCAAUCAGAAGCAUUACCUCCUACGAAAUCUUCAUCAAGCUCAUCGGUUUCCUCGAGAUACUAUGUGGUGGACGAACAGUACGAAGAGGUCAUGCGAACUGCAAGAGGUCUCAUGCAGGUAUCACACAACCAGAGUUCACAAAAUGGUGCCGAUUCCUUCAGAGAUCAUCUUCAUCUACAAUACGCGGGCAAGGAUGGCGACCUCCUCCUUGACCAUCUUGUGCAGGAUAUUGCACGCCAGCUCGGCUGUGAUUUGAUGGUAGUGGACGCUCAGGAUAUUGCAGAUCUAAUCCACCGAAAUCAUACAAACCAAAGCACGGCCAAGGCCGGGCGUAUGCUGAGCUACGACGUGCUGUCGACUGCGUUUCCAGACCUCUCCGAACACAAUUCAUCACACGAGGCUCAAGAUGUGGACGAUGACGAUGGAGAUAUCGAGGAUAUAAUGGACGAAAUGGAUUCCACGCCCGCCUCUCCCCGAAUAGGGAUGCCCAUGUUCAUUGGAAGGCCGACAGCGAUCUUGAAGACUAUAAUCGGACAGAUCCCGGAACUUGGUGAUGGGAUGCGAUCAGAAAUGCCUCGAGGCACGCUGAGAAUGUGGCCAGAUUUCGGCGAUCCUCAAAAGCCACGGGAUGAGCAAGGCGCGCUAUCAGGGCUCAUAUACAAAUUGUUAAAGAGCUUGUCGGAUCGGCGAACCGCUGCGGGGCUGCCAGGGAAAGAGCAGAAUAGCGACCUGGAACAGCAACGGGAGACUGCAGCGAAACGGACCGGGGUCCCAAAGGGUGGCGCGAUUGUCCAUGUUAGAGACUUCAGGGCCAUCCAGAGUCUAGACAUGGGCCGCUCAUUUCUGAACAACCUUCACAGGCAACUGGCUCAACGACGAAACAAGGGUGAAUCUGUUCUGCUGAUCGGGACCGAUUCGGCUCGUGAGGAUCAGGAACCCUUUACCCGGGAACGCAUUAACGAGUCGCAAAGCGGCGGACAAGACGGGAAGUCACAAAAUAUUGUCCUGACACCGGUUUUGCCAAACACUACAUCAAAGCUUGCGCUUCUUCACGACAGGAAGCAACGCAUUGCCACAGUUAAUAUGAGACACCUCUGGGAGACACUGAGAUUUUGGAAACCCUCCGUCUUUGCUCAUCUAGAACCGGGCUUCUGGCGUGGUGAUUUCUCCGACCGCAUCACUCGCAGCGACAGAUCAUGUUUGGAAGGGCAAGCGUGGAAUCACCAAUAUAUACAACGGUUGGCCACCUAUAUUGCAGGAACUGUUCCGUCAAAUCGGGAUGGUGAAACUGAUACCUCUACCAAAGACCAACCACAGCCCAUCAUUAGUGCCGCAACCUCCCAUCUGAACCACAGUGACAAGACUAAGAUCCGGUGGGCGGAGAAGCAAUCAAAGGAAGCAAAGAAGGAAGUUCCAGAACGCCACAUGAGCAAAGACGACCGCCUAGCCAGAAUACGUGCGUCGGCUUCCAAAUACGAGAAACGAUUGAUGGGAGGCAUCAUUGAGGCGAAGAACAUCAAUACAACCUUUAACGACGUGCACAUGCCGGUCGAGACCAUUGAUACCCUUCAAACCCUGACCACUCUGUCCCUCAUUCGACCUGAAGCUUUCAAAUAUGGUGUCCUUGCCUCUGACAAGAUUCCGGGCCUUUUGCUUUACGGCCCACCAGGCACAGGUAAAACUCUGGCGGCUAAAGCGGUCGCCAAAGAAUCUGGUGCGACAAUGCUUGAGGUCAGCGCGGCCGACAUCAACGAUAUGUAUGUUGGCGAGGGGGAGAAGAAUGUAAAGGCAUUAUUUAGCCUAGCCAGGAAACUAUCGCCCUGCGUUGUCUUUCUGGACGAGGCGGACGCUAUGUUCAGCGCGAGGAGCAAUCAAGGACGGCGGGUCAGUCAUCGCGAACUUCUCAACCAGUUUCUGAAGGAGUGGGACGGGAUGAGCAACGACUCGGGCAGUGCAUUCAUUAUGGUUGCGACCAAUCGACCCAUGGAUCUCGACGAUGCUGUUCUUCGUCGCUUACCACGCCGUUUGCUCGUCGACCUCCCUACGGAGCCUGACAGGUUGGAGAUCCUCAAAAUACACCUGCGCCACGAGAAACUCGGCGAGGAUGUCAACUUGCAAGAUCUCGCAAAGAAGACGCCCUUCUAUUCCGGGUCCGACCUGAAGAACGUCGCUGUCGCAGCGGCGCUGAAUUGUGUCAGGGAGGAGAAUGAACUGGCCAAACAGCACAAGGGCGAGGAGCCAUAUCAACAUCCCGAACGACGUACGCUGACGGAGAAACACUUUGACAAGGCCUUGGACGAGAUUUCAGCAAGCAUCUCGGAGGAUAUGUCGAGCCUGAGGGACAUUAAGAAGUUCGACGAGCAAUUCGGAGACAAGCGCGGGAAGAAGAAGAAGGCGCCUAGAUUGGGAUUUCCAACAGAGAAGGAGAACGAGAAGGCUAGAGAUACGGUCAAGGUGCGGGACUGAGACUCUUCUUGACUGGGUUGAUGCCGACCGCCAUCAAUGCGUUCUCGGUCUGUCCUUGGAAAACAAAAACAAGAGGGAGAGAAUUCACACUUCCUAUUAGACAAUAGAUCAUCUAAGAGGCCGCACUGUGCCGUUACUGCUCGCCUCUAUUUAUAAUGCUAGUACCGACACCAGUGAGGCCCCAGGACUUAUCUCAGUCCUAUUUCCGCAUCCGC